AUGGCGGGCCAAUCGUAUGCGCGCUUCCUCCUAUAUACUUUCCUUGGCAGUAGAACACUGCUCAGUGGAAGGCCGAAGAUACUUGUAUUUGAUGAUGGCACUCUCUGUGUGGCGUGGAGGUGUGCCUCAGCUGGCAAGGGCUGUGGGUGGAGCCUUUGCAGUUUCAUGCCGACAUCAGAGUGCUGCACCUGAAUCCAGUCCUGCUCCUGUAAAGUACAAGCCUUAUUCACCUUUCCAGAAUACCUCUAAUGCAGCAGAGUAUGCUGUGGCCAGACUUGAUGAUUUAGUUAAUUGGGGGCGCAAGGGUUCACUAUGGCCAUUGACCUUUGGUUUGGCAUGUUGUGCAGUGGAGAUGAUGCAGUGUGCAGCUGCCCGUUAUGAUAUUGAUCGUUUUGGUAUCGUGUUUCGAGCAUCUCCACGUCAGGCAGAUGUCAUUAUUGUGGCUGGUACACUCACCAAUAAGAUGGCCCCAGCCUUGAGAAAAGUCUAUGAUCAGAUGCCUGAGCCAAGGUGGGUCAUCUCAAUGGGUUCAUGUGCCAAUGGUGGUGGAUAUUAUCACUAUUCUUACUCAGUUGUCCGGGGAUGUGAUCGCAUAAUCCCGGUUGACCUGUACGUGCCAGGUUGCCCGCCCACAGCUGAGGCCCUCCUUUAUUCUCUCCUGCAGCUCCAGCGUAAAGUAAAGAAGAUGAAGACUCUGCAGAUGUGGUACAGAAAGUGAUUUAUUCCUAUGUUCACUUAUACCUUAUUUUUUAAACUCAACAUUGAAAUGAGGGAAUCCUCUAGAAUUUUUUUUUUUAUCAUACAGCAUUAUAAUAAUUGGUAAAUAUCUUGCAACUGUGAGGUCUGUUAGUUGUUUUAAUGGCCAAUCAUCUACCAUUGAUUAAUCUUUUUUUUUUUUUUAUAUACUUCUCAUUAUCGUAAAUAAUGUUGGUUUUUCUUACUGUACAGAGUAAAAUUAUUUAUACUUAAGAGAACCUUUACAUGUAAUGGCAACACUGUGUCGAAUGUAAAUAAAGUACUGGUAUAUAUUAAU